AUGACACAAAUAUUAUUGGAAAGAGUGACGAACACUACAAGGAGGGUGCUGGCCACCAACUAUGAGGCUGAUGAAGAUGUGCUGAUGACAGAAGCCGGUUAUCUGGCCGCUUCCGUUACGUUGUUCUUCAUCGGCUUCUUUGGAUUCUUCCUGAACCUUUGCGUUAUUGUCCUCAUGUGGAAAGACAAACAGUUGUGGACUCCGUUGAAUAUAAUUCUGUUCAACCUGGUAUGCAGUGACUUCUCUGUAUCAAUUCUGGGUAAUCCCUGGACAUUAUCGUCAGCUUUAUCCCAGAGAUGGAUUUUUGGAAAAACCAUGUGUAAAAUGUACGGUUUCUUCAUGGCUAUUUUAGGUAUAUCUUCAAUCACAUCGCUGGCAGUUCUUGCAUAUGAAAGGUACACAAUAGUAUCUAAGCCGUUUCGAAAUCAUGGGCUAACCAGGAAAGGUGCCCUGUAUUUGGUCGCUGGUAUCUGGUUGUAUUCGCUUCUACUCACUGUCCCUCCGUUCCUGGGAUGGGGAAAGUAUGUCAACGAAGCUGCAAACAUCAGCUGUUCAGUCAAUUGGGAAGAGCAGUCGAUGAAUGCGAUGACAUAUAUUUUAUAUCUAUUCGCCUUUGGACUAGUUGUACCAAUGGGCGUGAUCGUUUUCAGCUAUCUGCACAUAAUUUUCACAAUGAGAAAGAACCAAAUUCGGAUGGGUCAAACUACCAAAGCUGAAGGCAGGGUGACCUACAUGAUUUUCUUGAUGAUAGUCGCAUUCUUGUUGGCUUGGUCACCAUAUGCUGUUUUUGCACUAUUGGCGCAAUUUGGCAACCCGAGCCUAAUUUCUCCAGCUGCAGGGGUGAUUCCUGCACUCUUAGCUAAAAGCAGCAUAUGCUACAAUCCCAUUAUCUAUGUGGCGCUCAAUAGUCAAUUUCGUCAGGUCCUGAAACAAGUCAUUGGAAUCAGAGAUCGAGAAGUUGUUAGUAACUGCGAAACAUAUGCUGUGGGUGUUUCGAGGAUUGCAUCAACGGCGAAAUCCAACGAGACUGGAAAUAGAAUGCAGAUGGAACAAGUAAGAGAGCAGAAUUUUCAGUUCAACAGUGCACGAAAUGGCUGCCAAAUUGAGACUAUUGUGAUUGAUGAGGAACACGAAGAAGAUAUGAGUCGACUGUGA